AUGAAUAGUCCUUUUAUUAAAGAGAAGUCAAAUGAUUUGGACUAGCUGAAGAAGGCAGUUUCAGAUUAGAUGAAUGAUUAAUUCAUAGAGACUAUUUUCAAUGUGCAAAAAUAGAAUGAGGAAUAAGAACCAUAGAAAGAGUAAAAGUAACGAGUGAGAUAUACAGAGAAAUUAUCGAGAAUAUAUUAUUUGUAUUUGAAGUUGAUAAUGGGUCGAGAAUUGAAUGAUGAUGAAGAUGAAGAGUUUUUAGAAUAUAUGGAUCAUAGAUCAACUGAAAAAGGUAGAAUAUUAAAAAUGAAGAAAAGUUUUGAAUAUGUAGAUGAAUUUGAUUAUCAUAUGGGUGAUGUUAUUUUAAGGUUAUUUAUUUUGAUUAUGUAAUUAUAGUUUUCCAAAUCCUGAUUCAGAUGAGGUAGAAUGUGUAUAAUAAAUGUCUCCAAUGGAAGCAAUUACUUUAUGUAUGAAUAGUUUCAAUCUCAAAAAUAGUGGAACUGACUUUGAAGUCAUUGAUAAUUUAGUGUUUUUAAAAGCAAUUGAGGCUAGUUUAUUUAUGCUAGCUUA